AUAUGAUUUGAUGCCCCAGUUUCUAUAAUCUAACGCGGUGACACAGGAAUACCUGAAAGCUUCAUACUAGAAACACACGAUGAUAGGGAGAAAAACAUCUUCCUUGGUUGUUCAUCGACCAUGGCGGUAGCAGAGGGGCGUACGGUAGUGGCGGAAGAAUCAACAGCAGCAUCAAUCAAACAUUCUGCCGAUGGGACGACCGACGUGCUCGACCGUUCUAGAGCAACGGUCGAUCGUUCUGUUAUCCGGCAACAGCAACAACCGACUAAAACUGAGCAACGAUCGAUGGACGCCAUGUCGGGCGAUUGUUGCUUUUGUCACUGUGUUGCUGACUACAAAGUUUCUUCUUAGAGCAGAAGCACAAAAUUUACCUUCUAAAAAAACAUCCAUGGAACACAUGAGCGUAAAGAAUUCUAAAAUCUAGCUUGACUUAAACACUAAAAAAAUAUAGGUGACUGAAGGGGAAAUAUGUUCACAUGGAGUUUUCUAAAAUUACAUUUAAAGAGCAUGCUAGCAUUGGUGUUUUUCUCUAGAAGCUUCAAGUCUUCAAUGACCUCAAACAGCCAUUGCUGACACACAACACUUCUGCAGCCACCCUGUUCAUCCUCCGGUAUAUGUUAUUUGACAAUGACCGGAUAAGAGCGAAGCAUAGAGCCUGCCAAUUAUAUUCAAGAAUAAAAUGGAACAUAUCAAGUAAAGAAAUAUUGUUGCACAUCUAUUUGUCCCAUUUUGAAAAGGAAUUAAGCAAGCAUGAUGAAACUUAUGUGAAAAGGCUAGAGAAAUGAUUUGAUUAUCACAAAUAUACACUAAUGUUGUGGAGCUUCAUCCUUAUUCAGGCAUAAAAUACAUGAGUCAUUUUACAAAGUACUACGGAGUCCUAUAUCAAUGACCUUCAAAGCCAUAUCAAUGCCAAAGCCAUGAGACGGAUUCCGAAGUGACAACAAAUCCAAAGGGUAAUGCCGCGCCAUAUUCAAUGCAUAUGCUAAACACAUUAAGCUUUUGGCCUAAGAUGUAAAAGCCAUGGAAGUGAAUUGCAUUUAUUAUUUAAAAGACAACACAGCCACAUCUUCUAUAUAUCAAUAUUCUAACGCAUUUAUAAUCCAAAAGCCCAACCAAAAAAUAAAGGUACUUACUAUUAGUUUGAUCACUCUAUACACUACUCACUUGAGAUCUUUCCACUUGACCUUCCAUGAUAAUAAGUUUAUCUAAGUUGCAAAUAUAAUUCAAAUCAAAAUAUUAAUGCACCAUUCCAUCCUCUGGAAUAAUGUAAUAGAAAGUAAUAUGUCCAUAUUUUGGGUUAGUUUUAGUUUCCAUGUCAUAAUGUAUAAAAUCACAUAAAUUGAACAUAAUCUUGGGCAUUAAAAUUGCACGGUUUGCUAAUCACAUACAUUUAUAGUGGGUAGUUAAAAAUUAAUCAAUUUUCUCCUUAAAAUAUGAAGUUCUAACUUUUGAAAAGAAGAGUAUAAAAAUUAUGACUACUUUCAUAUAAUUUUUAUUUUUAAGUGAAACACAUAGUUGAAUCACAACGCAAAUCAAUUGGUUAAUGGGUGCAUGAAAUAAAUGACACGUAGGCAUUAUGAACAUACCGUGUUUGCCAAAUUCUUAUGAGAGUUUUCUGGCCUGUUUCAGCCGGCUGGUGCUGCAAGUUGGUUUUGACCUGUUGCUAUUGCAGGUUGAAGAACUGUAAUUUGUCGCUUGAAAUUGAUGAAGGUGAGAAUUGUUAGUUCCAUGAUGUUGGCUAAUCUUUUGGCAAAAUAGAAUCCCAUAUUUGUUAGGUGUUUUACUAGGUAGAAACCUCUAUUUGUUAGGAGAGAUCUAUUUUAUUUAGACUUUUAGAGCUGCUGCAAUUUUCGAGGUUGACACAGAAGAUGCUACAGCACGAUGCUGCAACACACUGUUUGGUAUCAGAGCUGUUGAGCUUACGUUAUUAGUUUGAUCUUUGGGUGGUUCGUUGCAAACAAUCAUGGUGAUCUCUUAAAGAGUUAGCACAGUUUCUGAAGCAAGAUGUGGUAUUGAUGCAUAUCCUGAGGGGGAGUAAAUUGCAAAAAGGGAUGGAGCUCCAGCAUGAAAUUCAGAUGGGAAGCAUGUGCAUGGAUCUUAAAGGUAGAUUUUAUUUGUUUUGAGCUUGUUAUUGUUGUUGCUCUUAAAAGAACUUGGUAUUACUUUUCUUUUUUACCCUAAAUAAAUUUGGCAUAUUUUGUGUCAAAAAGGGGGAGAAAGGCUUAGUUCUUAAAAGAUGCUUUAAUCUUUUAUGCGCAUGGUGCACGAUGUAUUUUGCCAAAAAAUUGCCAAAGGGAGAGAUUGUUAGUUCCAUGAUGUUGGCUAAUCUUUUGGCA